CAGCAUUUCUCUGAUGUUCACACGAAACGAACAGAUUACCCAUUAGAGAUAUCUAAUCCACUUUCCGGUGGUUAUUGAAACAGUCAUUUAUAGCCCAGGGCAGCUACCAGGCAAGCCCGAGCGGGAUGACUUAAUGCUUUGUAAACACUGUUUGUGGGCGGGACGUUGUAGCAUGACGGCUAGCCCUUUUGAGUGCAGUUUGAAAAUAAGAUAACGAGCUUCGUGCGAGGUAGCUCUGCACGCUUAACUUUUAGAAAGUCAAGCCCCGUGCUUACAUUUCCACGGACAUCUUUCGACCGGCUAGCAGUCAUGUCGGGGGAACUCGCUGAGGAAGCAGGGGUGCUGCAGGGGGCAGCUGACAACUUGGAAGAAGACAGUGGUGGAAAGGAGCAGAGCCCUGGGGGCCAGGAGCUGCAGCAAAUGGCCGAAAUAAUUGAAAGGAAAAGGGAGAAAAAGUCAGUCCAAAGACUGGAUCUGCAGAUUGGCAAGCCAGCAGAACCACUGAAGAUAGAGGAAGGAAGAGGCAUGAAGCUGGGAUACAUUGAACACGUGGCUUACUAUAUCGGAAGGACAAAGGCCGACGAACUGAAACCUCUUCACAAGAUUUUAUUUAAUCGACCAGGAGCUGUGGCCUCCCUGAAGAAAAACAUCCGACAGUUCAGUGGCUUUUCAUUUGAAGCGUCCAGUGACCCUUAUAACAAAAAGCGAGAUGUAAUAAAGAGGCUUACGCUGGCCGGCCUGAAGAACAUCUGUACCAUUCUAGACCUGGAGACCAGUGGCACUCAUGAUGUUGUAGUUGACAGAAUUUUGACAUUUCUCCUAAACCCAAAGACGAGGGAGCGGCCCUUACCAAAGAAGAGGAAGAGAGGCAGCAGUAGCAAGUCCAAGGCCAUCAUUAUCGAUUCCAGCAGUGAUGAUGACGUCGGCCACGGUGACAAAGGCUGGGCUUCGGCACCCAAGAGUCGGGAGAUGAUUGAUGAUGAUGACGACAGUUCUUCCAAUGAAAAUGAUGAAGUCAAGGCCCUUGUCGAUAGUGACCAAAAGGGGGGUGAAGAUAAUGCAACAGAAAAGAUGGAUCCCACACGCAAGGCAUCCACUAAACAGAAAGCGCCAGGAACUAAGAAGACCUUGGGGAAAAAGCUGUCUGCCGUGAAGAAAAGGCCUGGGGGCCGCAAGACCCCCGGGGCGAAGAAGAAGAUGGAGAGCAUCAAAGCCGUGACCCUAAAGCAAAAGUCAAAGGCCAAGAUCACAAAGGCGGCCGAGGAGGAGAAAUCGGCCACGUCGGACCUGUCUGACAACGACAGCGAGCAGGACGAGACACCGAAAAGCGCCAAGAAGAGGCCGGCCCCCACCACGGCGAAGCCGGCAGCCAAGACGAAGAAGGCGGACAGCAGCAGCAGCAGCAGCAAGAUGACCGGCAGCAAAAGCAAAGGGUCGGACAUGGAGGAGGACAGCUCAGAUAACGAGCCUCUCAUCAAGCUGCUGAAGAAGCCGCCGACAGACGAGCAGCUGAGGGAGACCAUCAGCAGGCUGCUGAAGGACGCCAACCUGGAGGAGGUCACCAUGAAGCACAUGUACAAGAAGGUGUUUGAAUCCUACCCCGAGUCUGACCUGACUGGCAGAAAGGCUUUCAUCAAGCAGACUGUGAAAAAGUUUAUCUCCUGAAGAAGCCUGAUACCCAUCUACACACUGGGAGUGGUUACAGCACAUUUUCUUAUUUGCAUAUUAGGAGUGAAAGACAGUAUACUUUGUUACUUGAGAUUUUAAAGUUUUCUUCUCGUCUUAAGUGCUUGUAUAUUUUUUUUUUUUCUUCAUGAAUACAAACUUUUUAAAAAAAUAUUUCUUUGUGUAUUAUAAUUCAGAAAGGCCUUUUACGCAUUUUAUUCUUUGCUUAAAAGAAUUGUACAAUGAAGUCAGUUUAGCUGUGAAUAGAUUGGUGGCUUCCUAAGGUUAAACUCCACUUUUGAGUUGUUUUUGUUUUGCAUUUUAUUUUAUUUUACCUGUAAAUUCUUUACUAUGGUGAUGUUGUAAUUAUGGCUUUUCCUUCUGUGAUAUCCCAUCAAAUAUUGCUUUGCCUGUGUAAAUUCUUAAACAAGUACCUUGUUCAUUUCUCUAUCAAAGAGCUCAUUUUGUAUUUAUGAUGUUUUUAUUUUUUAACUUCUUGUAUUUGUUUAAAUGUACCCAGGCAUUUGUCUGCUGUAUAAGAACAUUUUAUUGACAGACAGAAUUAUGCUUUGAAACCCACAGUGAGGUUCAGUUCAGUUUUAUCUGUAUAGCACAUUCUCACAUCAUUACAUUCUCUCAAAGCACUUCACAUUAUCCCUGUCCAGAGACAACGGUGGCAAGGAAAAACUCCCUAGAGGGAAGAAACCUUGGGAGGAACCGGACUCAAAAGGGGGGGGCAUCCUCGAGGGCCUGGACAGAGGAUGUCGAAUGAAGAUGAAUUGCUAGUGUCUGAGUAGUUUAACUUGUCUUAUGAUGUUUUGCCGGGCAGUGAUUGGCAGCUGAAUAACUCCGCCCACUACGGGUUUUGAUGCAUCAUUUCACCCAGAAGCAUUUAGCUAAAGACUAAUUUGGUCUUUGUGGCAUCUCUUGUCUUCCCACUUAUGACUAAAUUUCAACAAUCAAAAUUUAAAAAUCCAUCUGUAUUUUAUGCAUAAAAUUUGGAUUUUUCAUUAUCUUGGUUGCAGUAUUUGUUGCGAUUUGUAUAGUCUAGUCAAAUUGUAAAGCCUUUAAGGUGAGGUUUACCUCGCCCUGCUGUCAGUCAGUCUGUCCGUGGUUUUUCUGGCUCUGAUACAUACCUAAAUAUUUAAUGCCCUAAAGCUAAUCUUUAGUUUGACUUAUGUUUUUGAUAUUUUAAUUCAUCUUCUGUUGUGAAACUUGCUUUUAAUUAAACCCUUUUUUAUUGAG